AUGGAUUCAUGUGUGCGGACGAUUCUCAGUUUUGUCAAAGAACCCGUGAUUAGGCAUGGGACUUAUGUGAUUCAAUACAAGAACCACGUCCAGCUACUCGAACAAGAAAAUAGGUGGCUCGGUGAAAGUAAGGACAGAAUCCAGGGAAUGGUGGACGGAGCCACAAUCAAUGGGAGAGUCAUUGAAACUAAGGUCUCCAGUUGGCUAGAGAAAGUACAACAGAUGGAAGAAGAUAUCGCCGACUUCCUGCAUCAACAAGAAAACGGAGAAUCUUUCGAGUGUUUUCUGGGCUGCAUGUGUCCCAACUUAAUGUGGCGUCACAAGAGGGGUAAGGAUGCUGACGACAAAAAGUCGGAGUAUUACACCACGUUCCCAUCAAGAGCUUCAGUUUUUAAGGAAAUCAUGGAGGCUUUGAAGGAUUCUGGGGUUGACAUGAUUGGGGUCCAUGGGACUGGUGGUGCUGGGAAGACGACGAUGACAGGUGAGUUAGGGAGAGCAGAUGAGCUACGAAAGGCAUUGUUAAACGGGAAGAGAAAGAUACUGGUAAUAUUGGAUGACCUUUGGCAAAUGCUAGACUUGAAAAUAAUUGGAAUUCUUAUUUCGGGCCUUGCCGACAAGGGUUGCAAAAUUUUGCUAACGUCGCGUCGUGAAGAGGUCUUCAAACAGAUGGAGGUUUGUUUAUAUUUUCCCAUUGGGUACUUGAAGGAGCAAGAAGCAUGGAAAUUGUUUACGAAGGUGACAGGAGGUGUUGGAGUCGAUGAAUUGCUAGCAAGAAAUGACGAGGAAGAGGUUGAGUGGCGCAAUGCACUUUUCCAAUUAAAGAAUUUCCCCCUAAAAUACAUUGAAGAAAUUGAUCCAGUGGGCUAUACCCCCUUGAAGUGGAGCUAUGAUUUUCUAAAAGACGAGGAUGCAAAGUCGUGUUUCUUGCUCUGCUGUUUGUUCCCUAAAGAUGCUGAGAUUUCUAUUGAUGACUUGGUUAAAUAUAGCUUUGCCUUGGGGUUCCUUAGAAGGGUGGAUACGCUGAAAGAUGAAAGAAUUAAAGUACAAGCCAUGGUUAAUAAGCUUAAAAGGUCUUGCUUGUUACUGAAUGGAAAAAACGAGAAUUAUGUCAAAAUGCAUGACGUUAUUCGUGACCUUGCAAUUUCUGUCACAGAGGUGAAGCAAGAAGAACAUAGCAGUGGCCAAUAUUGUCCAGAGAACAACAGUUCAUAG